UGAGUUAUACUCGUAUUAUUCUUUGUAAAUUCUAAUUAUACCCAUUUCAGAAUUGAUCUUUUUUUGGAUUGAAGAUACAAAUAGUUAGGGUUGAAGGAAUACAAUGGAAUUAACUUGUUGCAGUUGAUCUGUUAAGUCUAAAGUAUGACUGGUAGACCCCGUCGUGUCCCCCCACCCCCUCCCCCGGGGUUCGGUGACGAUGAAUAUUACCGUUUGUACGGGAAACCGGAAGAAUAUCAGAAAUACAGGAAAGAACUUGAAAGGGCUCGGAUACGCGCUGAAGAAGUAUCUCCACCCCAACAUGAGGAAUAUUAUGUUUACAGAAGGUUUGCCAGCCAUGAAGAGAGUUAUGAUUAUUAUUACGGUCCUCACUCUCAAAGAAUACGUCCUGGUGCCAGUGGGAAACGGCGGAUUGCUCCUCCUCCGCCCCCAGGGUUUGAAUCUCCAGUCACACGACGCCGGCCAGCUUCUAGUUCGGGUCGAGGGAGGCCGUCUAGACGCUACUCAUCAGAAGAUUCAGAUGAAGACGAGAAAAGACGAAGUAAAUUUGAAAACUUCAAAGUGACGAUCAAAGCUAAGGAAGGAGACGAGACUCCGAGUCUCUCUGAGGACUCGGACCAACAAUCUAAAAAAUCUAAAAUGAGUAAGAAGAAGAGGAAGAAAAAGGAGAAGGAGAGAAGGCGAAUACUAGAGAAGAAGUUGGCUGAGAAAGAAAAAGAAUUAAAACUUCUAGCUGCACAGAAUACAGAAGAGCUUGCUCCUGUCAAGAAGAAAAGUAUAAAGGAUCGCUUGGGAAUCCCUCCUGGAGGUUUAAACAUCAAGAAGGAGAAAGAUCUGAACCCAGUGGUUGGAGGAAAAAGAAAACAAUUUUCUCCCAUCCCGUCACAAAUCGGAAAUCUUCCCGCCAAAAAACGUGGGCGAAGCAACAGCCCUGUCAAAUCUAUGAGACGUAGCUUAAGUCCUGGAAAACCCAGAGGACGAAGCUCAAGUCCGGCACGAAAAAGCACGAAACGGAGUAGCCGACCCUUAAGUUCAUUAAAAAUGCGGGAAAGGAGCAAUAGUUUGCCAAAACAACGUGAUCACAGUGAACCCUCGUUAAAGCGAAGAAAGCGCAGUCCAAGUCCUCCAGGGAAACAAAGGUCGAGUUUAAGGGAUUCAAGUAGAAGAAAACGAAGUGAAAGUUCUCGAAAAAGAAGUGAAAGUCCGUCUAAGCGCCGUGAAGAAAGUGAAAGGAAAAGAAAGUCUACAAGGGAUCCAUCCAAAACUAAAGCAGAAGAAAUGUCAAGAGCUGAUCGAAGACGAAGAAAUCAAGAAAGAAGUCCAAUUGUAUUAAAUAACAGACGGAGACGCUUAAACAGGAGAAGUUUGAGCCGGGGAAGACGAAGAACUAUUUCAAGAACCCGUUCUCGAGGUCCACCAAAUCCCAAUAGGAGGCGGAAGCGGGGCCGGCGGAGGAAUCGGCGAAGAGACCGGUGGAGGGAUAGACGCUUGGGCGGAGAUAUGAGUAAGGCGGAGCUCGAAGAUCUUAAAGAAGAAAAUAAAAAGAUGCAGGCGAGAUUGCGUCGAAAGAAAUCUGGAGGGAAAGAUGACGGGAUGAUUAUUGAUCGGUUAAACCGUCUAGCGGGAAUAGACGGGAUUAAACCUCAUAGGAAAUCAAGAUCUGGGAGCGCAGACACAGACUCAGAUGAUUCAGAUUCAGGGAGCGGGUCGGACUCUGAUCGUGAUGAAAAAAGACGAAGAAGAAGGAAACCAGUUGGAAAGAUGAGAAGUGAUAGGAUGGAUUUAAAGAAGGAAACAUCAGAAGAUAGAUCAAAGGAGAAGUGGCAACACGAUAAAUUUCAGGCGGUUGAGCGUGGAGGAAGGAAAGAUGAGACAGAGACAUUUGGAUCUCACUGGUCCAAGAUCAAGAGUGAAAAGGAGAAGGAGGAAGAGAGACGAAGAUCAAGGUCGCGGUCUAGAAAGAAGAAGCGUAGAAGAGGAAAAUUCUCCCGAUCAAGAUCUAGAUCAUCCGACUCAUCUUCCUCCCGGUCUUCUAGAUCAUCCUCGAGAUCAAGUUCUAGCUCCAGGUCUAGGUCCGGAUCCUACUCCAGUAGGUCUGGGAGUAGUUCAGACUCAAGGUCAAGAUCUAGGUCGCCAAAACGACCUGUAGUAGAGCGGGCUGCUGAACGUGCCCUGAAAGAGGUUGGAGGGGGUGGUGAGGAGGAGAAGGAAGGAGUUAACCUAGGACUAUCAGGAGCACUCACUGCAGAGGUUAAUUCCUUUAAUGGGACAGUAGUGAAGUAUAGUGAACCUCCUGAAGCAAGAAAACCUAAACGGAAAUGGAGACUUUACGUGUUUAAAGGGAACGAGGAGCUACCUAUUCUGUAUAUACACCGCCAUUCUGCAUAUCUGUGCGGCAGAGAUAGAAAAGUUGCAGAUAUACCUUUAGACCAUCCAUCCUGUAGCAAACAGCAUGCUGCCCUGCAGUACAGACUGGUUUCCUAUACUAGAGAGGAUGGAACUACAGGUCGGCGUGUGCAACCGUAUGUACUUGAUCUUGGCAGUGCUAAUGGUACAUAUGUCAACAAUAGCAGAAUAGAGGCACAGAAAUAUGUACAGCUUUUAGAAAAGGAUGUUCUAAAGUUCGGAUUCUCGUCCCGUGAGUAUGUUCUCCUUCAUGACCAGAGUAAAGAGGACGAAGAAGAUCUGGGUCUUGAUUAAUCAAUCAAUCAAUUAAUCGAUUGAUUGAUUGACUAGCUUUUCCUCUAGAUAAAUCAAUCAUUUGUUGGAUUACAUUCCAUUUCACGACUAUAUUUAUAAGAAUUGAAUGAAUGGUUGAAGGAUUAUUGUUAAAUGUUGAAAUAUUGAAGAAUCAAGAUAAGAAUGGUUAAUUUGAAGAAACCAAAUAUUUUUCGAAAUCAUCAUCUAAUAUUUAUUUAUCUUUAUUACAUAUUUAAUGUAUGGGUUACUAAUUUAUUAUAAUGAUGAAGAUAAGGAAGUUUUUAAAUUGGGUCACAUUGCUGAUUUCAAAUUUAGUUUAGUUAUUAGAUUAUCAUUUAGGUUCUUAGGUUUUCUAAAAUUUUUACUUGAGGUUUGGAACAAGAGGCGUAGAAGGAUGGGUUUUAAGUCUAUUUUGUUUGUUAUAAAUAACGAAAAGAUUGCUAUUUGAAAUUUCAUAUGUUACCCCCCCCCCUCCCCUCUUUUAGGUGGGGGAUAAUUUUUGUAAACGUUAGUCCCUUCAGUGCUUUAUGUAUCUCAGCUUGGACCGGUUUUGAAUGAGCGUGGGUACGCAGUCCUUAUCUAACCAUGUUUUAUUUUUGUAAUCACAGCCUAUAUUGUAAUUGUAUUAUUAUUGUAAAAAAUGGGUUAGUUCUCAUCUAUGCAAUUAUCUUGACAUGACCUACAUUAGAUUGUUAAUCCUUCCAUUUUUGGGUUAAACUUUUACAGAAUAUAUAUUUGAAACUUGUUGUUUUUGUAUGAAUCCACUAUCUUUAUAUGCAGUAUGCACUUAAAAUGUAAAUAAGAUGUAACUUUGUUGUAAAAUUUGUUUUCCUAUUUUGCACGUAGUUAAAUGCGAAUUGGAAAUAUUAAACUUUUCA